UAUACCGGUCCUUUGUGCUGCACAUGCGCAGAGCUCUGUGGAGUUGCACGCGCGUGCAGGAAGUGCAGUGACAACUCCUCGGCAGUCUCCUCCAUCUGCUACACCUCCUCCACAACUGCCUAAAUUACUAUCUUUUUAGUGCCGAAAAUGUCGUGGCUCUUCGGCCUGAACAAGGGACAACCGGAGCCUCCUCCUGGCUUACCGGUUCCGCCGCCUCCGCCGCCUGCCGGAGGGUCCAGUGGCAGUGGCGAUAAACCCAAGGACAAAUGGAGCAACUUCGACCCCACCGGGCUGGAGAGGGCUGCUCAGGCGGCCAAAGAGCUCGACAAGUCCAGACAUGCCAAAGAAGCUCUGGACUUGGCUCGCAUGCAGGAGCAAACCACCCAGAUGGAGCAUCAGAGCAAAAUGAAGGAGUACGAAGCAGCGGUGGAGCAGCUGAAAGGCGACCAGAUCCGAGUGCAGGCAGAAGAGAGGAGGAAAACUCUGAACGAGGAGACCAAACAGCAUCAAGCUAGAGCUCAGUACCAGGACAAGCUAGCCAGGCAGCGCUAUGAGGACCAACUGCGACAACAGCAAAUGCUGAACGAGGACAACCUUCGCAAACAGGAAGAGUCUGUCCAGAAACAGGAAGCCAUGAGAAAAGCCACCAUCGAGCACGAGAUGGAGCUGAGGCACAAGAACGAGAUGCUGCGUAUCGAGGCGGAGUCCAAGGCGCGGGCUCGCGUGGAGAGAGAGAACGCCGACAUCAUACGCGAGCAAAUCCGCCUGAAGGCAGCGGAGCACCGGCAGACGGUCUUAGAGUCCAUCAAGACGGCAGGCGCCGUGUUUGGAGAAGGAUUCCGAGCCUUCGUGUCCGACUGGGAUAAAGUCACCGCCACCGUAGCUGGACUGACACUUUUAGCGGUGGGCGUGUAUUCGGCCCGCAACGCCACGGGAGUGGCGGGUCGCUACAUCGAGGCCCGGCUGGGGAAGCCGUCUUUGGUGCGAGAGACGUCCAGAUUCACCGUGGGGGAGGCCAUAAAACACCCGCUCAAGACGGCGAAGCGACUGAAGAGCAAACCUCAAGACGCCCUCGAAGGAGUCGUUCUCAACCCUACCCUGGAGGAGCGUGUACGUGACGUUGCCAUAGCAACCAGAAACACCAGACAGAACAACGGCUUGUACAGGAACAUCCUGAUGUACGGCCCCCCCGGCACCGGCAAGACCCUGUUUGCUAAGAAGCUGGCGAUGCAUUCUGGGAUGGACUACGCCAUCAUGACGGGCGGUGAUGUUGCUCCCAUGGGCCGCGACGGCGUGACCGCCAUGCACAAAGUCUUCGACUGGGCCAACACCAGCCGACGCGGGCUGCUGCUGUUUGUCGAUGAAGCCGAUGCAUUCCUUCGCAAGAGAUCCACUGAGAAGAUCAGCGAAGAUCUCCGAGCCACUUUGAACGCCUUCUUGUAUCGUACCGGAGAACAGAGCAACAGGUUCAUGCUGGUGUUGGCCAGCAACCAACCCGAGCAGUUUGACUGGGCCAUCAACGACCGCAUCGAUGAAAUAGUCAACUUUGCUCUGCCAGGGCUGGAGGAAAGAGAGAGGCUGGUGCGCUUGUACUUUGACAGAUAUGUGCUGGAGCCCGCCACCGGAGGGAGACAGAGGAUGAAGCUAGCACAGUUCGAUUACGGUAAAAAGUGCUCCGAGAUAGCCAAGCGAGCGGAAGGCAUGUCCGGCAGAGAGAUCUCCAAAUUGGGGGUGGCCUGGCAGGCAGCGGCUUAUUCCUCCGAGGACGGCGUUCUGACGGAAGCCAUGAUCGACGCCCGCGUGGACGACGCCGUGAAGCAGCACCGGCAGAAGAUGGACUGGCUGCGUGCCGAAGAGGAGGCUCAGACCAAGACCCUCACACCCCCUCCAGCGGGGGGCGCCGUCGGCGGUAAAAUGGGCUUUAAUCUCCCCCUCGGCGGGACGCCACAGGCCCGGGAUCUGAUCACGCCGUUCCUCCAAGGUGAAAGUCUACCCGACCAGAGGACAUCACAGCCUGGUUUAGACCGGCCUGGUCCUGGCAGUGAAGGCCUCAUGGACACAGAAGACAAGGCCGACUCUCCUCCAAAAGAUGGAACUCCAGUUUGAGUCUUAGAUGAAAGAUGUGAAUGAAGAAUCUUGAAUGUGUCUGUCAUUGUGUCGUAGACAUGUUGGGUCUCCUUGACUGGCUAAUUCAUUUGUGUUGUGGGAGGAGUCUAACCUGCCUGUCUGUAACCUCAUCAAAAAUAUGCACAAUGGAGAGAAGAAUGAUUAAACUCAUCUUUUUUAUAA